UGGGGGCCCUCUGAGCUGUGAACAGACGCGCUCCAUUCCUCCUCACUUUCAGCCAUUUGAAUGUUAACUGGACGGAACCGAAGCACGAAGGAGUAAACAAGAUUCGGUAAAAAUGUGAAGGGCAAGGUCUGCUGAACAUUGCUGUGUCCAAAGGGAGAAAAAAUGGACUCUGCUGAGAAGAAGAAGGAGUUGUGUCUCUGCGGUCUCCUUUGGUGGUCGCUCCUGCUUCAGCUUGCGUCUGGAGCCUCCUUCUACGGGGAUGGCUACAUACAGCUCAAAGCAACAGAGUCGUCCGACCGUAAUGUGCUCCGUGUACGCUUCCGGACCUCCAGCACCAAUGGCUUGAUGUUUCUCGCUGCUGGCCAGGCCAGCUACUUCCUGCUAGAGCUGCACGCUGGUCGCCUCCAGGUGAAACUGGAUCUUGGAUCAGGGGAGCAGAUCUUGGAGUCAGAGAGAGGUAUUCAGCUUAACGAUUUUGCCUGGCACUCAGUGGAGAUCCACCAUGUGCAGUUAAACGUCACUCUGACUGUCGACAAAAACUCUCAUACAAGUAUCAAGAUGCCUGGCUCUUUUCGUCAUCUCCACAUCAAAGAUGGUCUUUAUGUUGGAGGCACAGGAGGUUUGGACAAAAUCUACCUCCCAAGAGACUUAGUCGGCUUCCGCGGGUGCAUGGAAGAGCUGCUGUUCAAUCAACAUGACCUGCUGUCAUCACUGAGGCCAUAUACUGGAUACAAAAAUAUUUAUGAAGUUUCUUUAGGCUGCAGUCCCCAGUUCUUUGCCACUGAGGAAGAUCCCAUUAGUUUUUUUAGUUCAAGGGCCUAUAUUUCCUUUCCAACUUGGAAUCAUCAUCAUCAUCAACAGGCUACAUUUGAAUGUGUUGUGCACACCUCAGCCAAAGAGGGUGUAAUCCUCUACAGUUCAGCCAGGGAUGGAGGCUUUGUGGCUGUGGAGAUUCAGGAAGGUUUUCCAGUAGCUGUUGUGGGUAAAGGUGGAGUGAAAACCGAGCUACGUUCUCAAACUGUCAUCAAUGACAGAAAAUGCCAUUCUCUCAAGUUGCAUUUCAGUUCUAAAAACCUUGAGUUAACAGUGGACAAGGAAAUGGUGAAAAUCAGCAUUAGUUCUCACUCCAAAAGGCUACAUCUUAAAGGGUUUCUUUUUGUUGGAGGGAUUGAUGAUGGUACAAGGUCAGAGGUGAGAAAAAUAGGUCUUGUCUCUUUAUCCGGAAAGCGUGUCAGAGGGGGUUCCUUUAAAGGAUGUUUGAGGAACAUUGAAAUAAACAGAGUGAAGGUGGGUCUCUCUAGUGCUGUAGUUACCAAAGAUAUCUCAGUAGGUUGUGAACCAGAGAAACCACCUGAGGAAUCGACCCUUGUGAGUCCUACAAGUUCAACAAAGUCAAGCGCAGUCAUCUACACUCUAACACCAACACCGUCUCUUCAAAUGUCAACUCUUGCAGUUGGCUGGGACAAAAAGUAUGGCUCAGAGUUUGUGCAUCUUAAAAAUCUUGUUGUACAGGAAGGUGGACGAGCCUCUCUGGAGGCCAAACACAUAAAGAUAUUCCUGGACUUCAAAGCACUUGGCAUCCGACAGUCUCAGAUUAUGUUUAGAAUUGAAGACCAGCCAUUAAGAGGUCAGAUAAGACUUGAUGUUGACGAGGACCAGGAAGAGAACACCUUCAGCAUGUUGGAUCUUUGGCACGAGAGAGUGAUGUAUGUCCAUGGAGGCUCUGAGGAGCCAGAUGACUUCUUCAUGUUCUCAGUGUUUUGUAGCAGUAGAAAACCAGUUCCUGAUUAUCUGAAGCAUGGUAAAUUAUACCGGUAUAACAUAACUGUCACCCCAACUAAUGAUGCACCUGAAUUAAGCCUCCCAGAAGGUAAUCUCUUUGUCUUAUUGGAAAAGUCUAAGAAGCGUCUCACCACUGAGGUUUUGAAAGCAACUGACAUAGACAGCAACUACACUAACCUUGUAUUCUCUGUCCUGGGAAACCUGAACGCUGAUGCAGGCUACUUGGAAAUUGAGAGCCACCCAGGAAAGGCAGUGACUUCAUUCUCAUAUGUUGAUCUAGAUGAAAUGAAGGUGUUCUAUGUCCACACUGGCGUGAGAAACUCAAGGAUAGUUCUAAGAGUUAGUGAUGGAGACAAGGUCAGCAACACUGUGGUUUUAAGGAUCAUGGCUCUAGAGCUGAAGUAUAAGAUAGCCAACAACACAGGUAUAGAGAUUACUCAAGGAGAAACUGCUAAUAUUAGUUCAAAGCAGUUAGCCAUUCAAACUAAUGCAGUUAAACAAACUAUAGACAUUCGCUAUGAUGUAAUUGAACCACCACAAUUUGGCGAACUACAGAGACUUCACUCAAGUGGUGAAUGGAGGCAUACAGAGUUUUUCUCUCAAAGACUUCUUGACAAAGAGCGGCUUAGGUACAUUAGCACCUUUCAUGACAUCCAGACCUCUAAUGUCUCUGAUUCUUUUAAGUGUAAAGUCAAUGUCGCUGCGAGAGCAAACACUGAAAUACUUUUCUCUAUUGCUGUUAAGUGGGUUAAGUACCAUUUGGCAAGGAAUGUCAUGAUAAAUUUGGAUAAAGUUAGAAAAGUGACACUUAGCUCUGAGUACCUUCUUGCAAGAGCUGAAGGUGUGGCCCUGUCGGACGACGACCUUUAUUUUCGAGUUCUGACUACACCAAAGAAGGGAAAACUCCUACUUGACACCACAGUCUUGAUGAAGAACUCAACGUUUAGCCAAAGUAAUCUAACGGAUGAAAAGGUCCAUUAUGAGCUAGUUGAUAGACCUUAUGAGGACACAACUGAUAGGUUUAAAUUUCAGAUGGUCUCUAAACAUGCGCAGUCAGAAAAUUAUGAUUUUCAGUUUUCAAUCAAAGCAGAUAUCAACACUGUUUUUAUGAGAAAUAGAGGCCUCUCCCUUCAGGAGGGAGAAAGUAAACUUAUCACCAAAGAUGAGCUCUUUGCAGAGACUCUAAGCACAAGGGACAUGUACUACACAGUCAUAAGCAGUCCCAAACAUGGGAGGCUGGCCCAAAUUAGUCAGUCAGAUUCCAAUGCCAGCUAUGAUAACAUCCUGACUUUCAGUAAUCAGGAUAUAAUGCUGGAGCGCUUAAUGUACAUCCACGAUGACAGUGAAACUACCAAAGAUAAUUUUAUUUUUAUAGCUUCUACCAGCAAAGGGUUCAAGUCUUCAAUUCUGGAAGAUGAAGUUGGCUCAAAAGAAGGAACCUUCAACAUCUCAGUUCAUCUCGUUAACGACGAAAAACCAGUUCGAACCAUUGAUAAAGUUUUCCAUGUGGUAAGAAAUGGACAGAAGCUACUCACUACAGAGGAUCUGUUUUAUCACGAUGCUGACUCAGACUUUGAUGACGACCAUCUGAUCUACACCCGACGAGGAAUCCCAGUGGGAGACCUCGUUAUGGUCAACGACACCACUCAGCGGCUGUUUCAGUUUCCACAGAAGGACUUGGUGAAAAAGCGGGUGUUGUUCAUUCACAAGGGUGCCAGCAAUGGCAGAUUUGUCCUCUUUGUUUCUGAUGGAAAAAACUUUGUAUCUGGCCUUUUAGACAUUAGUGCCAGUGACCCUUUCCUGAAGGCUGGCAACAACACUGGCCUGUUGGUACAGAAAGGAAUGUCUGUAACGUUUACCAACAGCAAUUUCAGCAUCGUGUCAAAUAUGGAUAUCCGAGAUGACCAGGAGGUUGUUAUGAAUUUGAUUGAGCCUCCCAGUUAUGGCGGUCUUUACUGUAACAACACAAAGGUUGAGAAAUUCACACAGUCUGAGCUGAAGGAGGGGCUUAUUUCCUACAGGCACGGUGACAGCAAACAUCUGGCCGACCAUUUCAACAUAACUGUAAAAGCAAAAGGUCUGCAAACUACAGAGAGGGUUAAUGUGAAGGUGUUUCUUGAAAGUCAUCAGAGGCCACCUAUCAUUCAGCAUCACGAGACUUUAGUGGUGGAAGAGGGGAAACCAGUGAAGAUUGACGAAACUAAACUGGAGGUCACCCAUGAGGACAACCUGCCAUCUGAGAUCGUGUUCACAGUCAAGGUUGCUCCAUCUCAUGGCUUUCUCCGGUGCUUUGUCGAGGCUGAGGAGCGCUACGUCGGAAGCAAACAAUCCCCUGUCAAGACAUUUAACCAAGAGGACAUUAACAAGGGGAACAUCCAGUACGUUCAGGUGGAGCCCAACAGCGUAAAUGACACCUUCGUCCUGGAUGCCACCAAUGGGGUCACUGAUGUUAGCAACAUUAGAAUAACUGUUGACAUCAUCCCACUCCUUAUACCCCUGCAUGUCACUAAUUUCACCAUAAAUGAGGGGGCCUCAAAAGCACUAACAGAGGAUGUGCUGAAAGUAACCAAUAGGCAUUUUUCUGGACUGAACUUUUUUUAUAAUUUGACGAAGCCGCCUCACCACGGUCACAUUGAGCACUCUCGUCAUCCUGGUGUGCCUAUAUCAACUUUCACCAGGAGGCAGGUGGAGCAUGAAUUUAUUUACUACGUCCAUGACAGCAGUGAAACCUUGAUCGAUAAUUUUACAUUGGAAGCCAGUGACACAGGCUUGAGGAAAAAGAGUGCAGCCAAGGCGGUUUACAUCGAGCUUACAGCUGUUAAUGACGAGCGUCCUGUCAUUACAGCCAAUAGGGUCCUCAGGGUGUGGCUGUCAUCAGUUACAGAAAUCACCCCAGAGGAUCUUAGAGCAGAGGACCUUGAUUCUCCAGCAGAUGAGCUACACUUCAUGAUCACUCCACCCAGCAAUGGACACCUGGCCCUUAAAAGCAACCCAAUGAAGGCGGUUCUGAAUUUCACACAGGCCCACAUAGACCAGGGACAGCUGCUGUUUGUCCACAAAGGUGCCAUGUCUGGUGGUUUUAACUUCCAAGUCAACGAUGGUGUGAAUUUUACUCCGAGGCAGAUCUUCAGCAUCACUGCCAAAGCUUUAGUUGUGCGUUUGGAGAAAAACAUCCCACUCAAGGUGUUUCCUGGUUCUUCUAAACAGAUCACCAAUGAAAAUUUGCAGGCUGUGACCAACGACGUUGGCGGCUCCUCUAACCGCACCAUUACGUUCAAUGUGAUUCGCCAUCCUAAACUGGGACGCCUGGUUAAGAGGCAGUCUGAUAACUCCACUGUAGAUAUUUCAACUUUUACACAGGAUAUGGUGGGCAGAAAGGAAGUCAUCUACAUUCAAAUGCCCAUUGAGGCAGUGGGCUGGGAAGCUAUGGAUUCAAUAACCUUUUCCAUUUCAUCACUGCCUGCUUUGAUAGACAGUCAGACUUUAAAAAUAGAUAUCUCCUAUGAAAACACAGAAGUUGAACAUAAUACAGUCCUCCUUAAAAACACAGGUGCUGAGGUGACAGAAGGGGAGAGUGUUGUCAUCGAUGAGUUCAAGCUGGAUGCUUCCAACCUGAUGUCCAAGCUGCCCACUCCACAGCGCAGCUAUUAUGAGGUCUGGUUUCAGGUGAUGGAUCUGCCUCAGCACGGCGUCAUCGUGGUAGGGGAGAGGAAUCUCACCAAAGAGAAGCCCAACUUUUCGCAGUUCAUCGUCACCAAAUACGGUAUCGUCUACAGCCACGACAACUCUGAGACAACCAACGAUUCCUUUGUGUUCAGUGUUUGGCUGAACCCUAAAGGCAGAACGGCUCAACGGCCUCAGGAUGAGAAGGAUGUAGUUGUUGAGCGUUUUAACAUCACAGUCAGACCUGUGAAUGAUCAGCCCCCUGUGCUAAAAACUAAAACUCCAGGUCUGAAGGUGGUUCAGAGAGACAGUGUUGCCAUGGGGCCUGAGGAUCUUAGAGUUGAAGACUUGGACAAUCCUCCAGAGGAUAUUACCUUCUCUGUGAUUAGCAAACCAAGCAACGGUUAUCUUGCUCUGCUAGGAAGUUUGAAUCAGUCAGUGGAGACUUUCACCCAAGCUCAAAUUAACAACAGAAGCAUCUAUUUUAUCCACGAUGGAAGCUCAUCCUCAGGCGUGUUCUACUUCAGUGUCACAGACGGACAUCACAAACCUUUAUAUAAACUUUUCAAUAUAGAUGUGUCUGAGAUCACCAUCACUUUGGUCAAUUAUACUGGACUGUCCCUGCAGCAGGGGAAGACUGUGGCAGCUCUCACCCAGGACAACCUCGCUGCAGAGACGAAUGGCAAAAGUCUAACUAUUCACUACAUGAUUACCAAACCUCCCAGUUUUGGCAAAAUUCUGAAGGAAAACCAGGAAGUUACCAAUUUUACACAGAAGGAUCUGCAGACUGGAAGCUUGGCCUACCACAUGACCUCACUGUCCUCAGCAGGGGACAGCUUUGAGUUCACCAUCUUUACCCCAGAUGCAAAUAUUACCGGCCAACUCCUUAAUGUAACUGUCAAACCUCUAGUUCAGCUUGGGCAAAGUCUGAUGAUUCCUAAUGGGAUCCCUGUCAGGCUAAACUCUAGCAUUUUUAAUGCCUCUGAACUGGCUGCUAUAAGUGACAGUGACCCUGUGUUUGAAAUCAUGUCCCAACCUAAGCACGGACAGAUUGUUCACUCCAGUUCUAAAAGAUCCAGAAAAUUCGUCCCAACUGUGUCUUUCACAUUUCAGGACGUGAUGCAGGAGAAAGUUGCAAUUGAGCUGAAUGCCAACAUGACCGGAGUCGAGGAGCUAAAUGACUGUCUCGUGUUUGUGCUGAAAGCUGAUAAUGUCCAACCUGCUGAAGGGGAAUUCCACUUUAUAGUUGUCCCAUACGAUCCUGUGGUAAAUCCAACCACAAAAAGCCCAGUCCCAACCACAUCACCCAUUCUUCAAACACCUGUCAGGAUUUCCAGGAAUGGAACCAUUUCCCCCGUCCCGUCUACUGUCCUCCAUUCAACCCAGCAACCAAGCAAAAGCCAGCAGAAAUUAAAGGGACGUAACCGCUGGGGGAACUCUAACAGAACCAGCUUUUUUAGCACAACGCUCGCGAAGCCGCCUCAGACGGACGGCUUUCCGUUUGGGAACACACCGGUUCGUGUGGAGUCCUACCCUCAUAAAACCUCCAACCCACUCCUCAUCAUCCUCCCCCUUCUAGCCAUCCUGCUGCUCAUAAUCAUCUUUGUGGUUGUGGUUGUCUAUUUUCGACACCGUUGGCAAAGGAAGCACAACACCUCUUUACCUCAGGAGGAUCCUAUCUGCGUUCCUCCCAGUGAGUCCCACAGCGGCCUCACCCAGAGGAGCACCACUGUUCCCACUGUUACCGUCACUCCUUUACAUCCCACGUACUCUACCAGCCCUGUGCUUGGUAGGUUUUCAGCACUGAACCAGGCCUCACCUCAUGACACAGCUGAUUCAAAUGUUCUCGUCAGUUCUUGGAGUAGCUGUUCUCUUGAACCAUCUUCCCAAAUUAUUCACACCACCACCCCGACUCUGCGGAAGAAUCAGUACUGGGUAUAAAUACUAUGAUGGCAAAGGUAAUGUGUCCACAGGUUUGUGUGUUGAAUGCAUGGUACAACUCAUUGCUUAUUAUUGCAGUUACCUGCCAUAGGUUUCUGGAGCUGUUUUUCACCCAUUGCUACAGUUAAGAUUUCAGAGAAAAAUUCCCCAAAAAUAAAUUAGGUCAACAGCGAUCCAACUUUAAACAGUGGCCAAUAUGGUGUCAUUUCUGUAGUUUUAGUGUCACUUUGUUUCUGCUGUGCAAAUGCUACUGAAGUGAGAAAAUAACUUGAAAAGAAAGGAAAAUGCUUGGAUUUUAAUGAAGAAAAAAAAAGUUUACUUUGAAACAGCCUGAUGCAAAAUCCUAAGCUAAAUUGUUACUGUUUGUUAAUGUUGCUCCUGUGAAGAAACAAUCCUUUUUGUGCUGCAUGCUUCACACUUAUUGGCCCCUCUGGUAAAGAUAUUUAAGUUGUAUUGUGUUUUUUAAUGGUGGGUGGGCAUGAGAAAAUUUGCCCUUGAGCUUCUUUUGAAGAGGCAUUUAGUGAGAUCAAUAGGAUUGAUUAGAUCCCUCAAGGACACAGGUGGAACUGUAAUUUAAAAUAUAUUUUAAGGUUUGUAUUUGUACAAAAUAUUUUUGAAAUUAA